CGCCCGUUCAAGAACCCGGGCUACGCGAAGAACGUGAACAGGCGCGCAAAGAACGUGAAGACGAUGCUCGGGCAGGAGCGCGAGCGCGAGCGCCAGGAGCGGGAGCGCAGGCGGCUGCAGCGGGAGCAGGCGAUGGACGCGCCACCCUCCGUGCUGCCCCAGAAGCACUACUGCGACAUCACCGGCCUCGAGGCAAGUCCCGCUCCCUACACCGACCCCGUGACCGGGCUGCGAUACCACGACAAAAGCAUCUACGAGCUGAUCAAGGGCCUGUCCUCCAGCGCCGCGAAGAACUACCUCUCUGCGCGCGGCGUGAACCCGAUCGUCAAAUGA